AUGGUCAUAAUAGAGCCUCAGCUCAAACUCGCUCAUAUUCGAAUCCUCAACAAUCGCUGGGAGAUUGUCGAGAUUGCUCAUGCUCGCGACGUGGUAGUUGAGUCUGAAACUAAGAGUACACCUGACCAGAGCGACGACGAUGAUGCUGCUGCUGGUGACAAAGAGGAGGGCAUUGAUAAUGAAACAGAUGACACUGACUCGGACUAUGAUUCUGACUUUGAGAAUGGAAGGCUUCGGAAACUCCCUCGGUUGCGGGAGCUAGAUAAAAAAGCGGUUGAUAGGAUUCGGAUCUUUAAGGCGAAGAAUAGAAGACUGUAA